AAGGUCAGUCUGGGUUUAAGUCAAACCCGACAAACUUGAAUUUGCUGAAUAAAAAAGAAAAACCCGGAACUACUCUUUCUCUUCAUGUGAUACAGUCAAAUACAGUGCAACAGUGAAAUCUAGACGUUUGACUCUUAAGUGAAUUAUUUUUUUUAAAAGGCUUGUUCACAAUGGAGAGCCACAAACAGGUGGUGGAGAGGCUGCGGGUCACUUUCCGCUCAGGAGUGACUCUUCCGAUCCAAUUUCGUCUAGCUCAGCUAGAGGCCAUGCUGUCAAUGCUUGAAGACAAUGAAGCUCAGAUUAUAGAAGCACUACAUGAAGACCUUGCUAAGCCCAAAUUUGAGGCGGUGCUGUCGGAGAUUCAUAUGGUGGUGAAUGACCUGUGCUACACAAUCAAUAACUUGAGCACCUGGAUGCAGCCCAGUUACGUGGGCACAAACCUGGCAACAAUGCUAGAUGACUGUUUCAUACGCAUGGAACCGUUGGGUGUCGUUUUGAUUAUUGGAGCGUGGAACUACCCUCUACAGCUCAUUGUAUUACCUUUGAUAGGUGCCAUUGCUGCAGGUAACUGUGCGAUACUCAAACCGUCAGAAAUAAGUCCGUCGACUGAAAAACUUCUUGCUGAACUCAUUCCCAAGUAUCUGUCAAAGGACUGUUAUGCUGUCGUCUGUGGUGGACCAGAGGAGACCAAGUCUUUGCUGGAGAACCGAUAUGAUCAUAUAUUCUACACGGGCUCUCAAUCCGUGGCUCGUUGCAUCCUCCAAGCUGCUGCCGUGUACCUCACCCCGGUAACUCUGGAGCUUGGUGGCAAGUGUCCUUGCUUGUUAUAUGGCCAUCUAGACAUGAAAGCUGCCGCUAAGAGGCUAGUUUGGGCCAAGUUUUUCAAUGUAGGGCAGAGCUGUGUGGCUCCAGACUAUGUUUUAUGCACUGCUGAGACGAGGGAUCUAUUGAUACCGUUUAUCAAAGAAGCUCUGGAGAGCUUUUAUGGAUCUGAGCCCCAGCAAACCAAGGAUUUGGGUCGGAUUGUGACAGACAGGCACUGGAACCGAUUGGUUGAGCUGCUGAAGAGGUCUGAGGGGAAGGUGGUGAUCGGAGGACAGAGUGUCAAAGAAGAAAAGUACAUUGCCCCCACAGUGGUGGUUGAUGUGCAGGAGUCGGAUGCUCUAAUGCAAGAGGAAAUUUUUGGCCCCAUCCUCCCUAUUCUGACUGUAAAGUCUCUCGAUGAGGGAAUCAAUUUCGUCAAUGAAAGAGAAAAACCUCUUGCACUUUAUGUGUUUUCAGAUGAGAUUCAGAUUGUGACCACAGUUCUUGAGAGAACUAGCAGUGGAGGCUUCUGUUCCAAUGAUGGGAUAGUUCACAUGUCUCUUCCUGGUUUACCGUUUGGAGGAGUGGGUGCCAGCGGGAUGGGCAGCUAUCACGGCCGCUGGGGUUUUGAGACGUUCAGUCACAAGCGCGGCUGCAUGCUGAGGGGCUGGGUACUGGAACGCGUCAACGUCUUGCGCAACCCCCCCUACACAGAGAGCAAUCUCAGCUGGUUGCGAUGGGCCACCACUGCCAAGAAAAGGGGAUGGGCGGGGUGCUCUGUUAUGUGAGGGGCAAUCACUUCCAUUCAAAAAAUAAAAAAGGCAUGACAUUCUGAGGUUUGGUCAGAAGGUUGUCUUGGGAUUUCCAAUAAUAUAAAGAUAUAUUAAAUGACUGCGCACAUAUUUCAAUAUUCCACCAGAGUGCAGCAUUGAGACACGCACACUAAAAUACAUAUUUACUAGAAAUCAUGUAUCUUUCAUAAUUCUGCUAAAUUGUAUAUGCUCUGUUGAUUAAAAUAUAUACAGGUGAGCACCCGAAUAGUCAGAAUCAUAGUCAUUAAAUGGCUCAUGCAAGUUUGUUAUCUAACGUUACAUGUUAUCAACUCUCUUCAAUGCGAGUAAAUUCCCAAAUAGGUGACAAAAAUAUUUUUAUUUAGCUAAUGGAUAGUACAUUUUCCCAUUUUAUUGGCCUGUGAUUAAGGUAGGAUGCAAAGAAUAAGUUCAGCUAUCUUUCCUGCCUGGACAGUGCAGCUUCUUUUAGCCGAGAGCGCCCUCUGUCGUCUUUUCUUACACACUCAACUUCUUGAUAUGUAAAGAGUAUUGACGCAUCACAUCACAUGGUGUGCUUUCUUUUACUUUUUGAUGAAAAUGGUUAAUUUAAAGAAAUAUUAAAAUGGAAACAUAAAGAAAAGUAGGUUUCGUUUAUUUUCUUUAGUUCACUUGUAUUGUUUAUGCAAUUCCUGUAAAAAGUCUGGCAAGUAAAGUAAAAUACUAUCAUUUUCUAAUAUAGAUCAAAAUGAAUAUGAAAACAAAGAAAAUUUCAAAAAACGUAUGUUUUUUCCAUUUGUAUUCAUGCAUUUUAUGUAUAAAGUCUGGCGAGUUAAUUAAAAACUGUAAUAGCC